GUUUUUUUAAUAAGCUUUUUAAAAAACUUAUUAAUAUUUACAAGAUUUUUUUUUUUAAAUAACACUUAAUUUAAACUUAUACAGUACGUAAUUGUCUUCGUUCAAUUGUCACGCUUUUGAGGUUAGAAAUAUUACGGAUACUUAUGUUUGUGUGACUAAGGCUAUAAUACAAAAUAGUUUUACAUGAAAGUACAAGAGUAAGAUAUCAUUGGAAGCGAUAGAAAUAUUAUUUGUGAAGCUCUAUUUUUAUAUAUGUAAUUUUUGUACAACCUAUUACAAUAUGGCAACCUCAAUGGAUUCCAUAUGCAAUACUAUUGGUAUUGAUAGAGUGGAUAUGCGUGAAAGAAUGGUUUUAAUCGAAGAGCAACAUGACUGUGAUGCAAAUUUUUUAGUGAAUGCACUUAUUUCAAAUGCAUUAAAGAAAGACUAUGGAAUUUGUUUUGUACUUUUUCAUAAUACAUUUAGUCAUUAUCAUAAUGUAGGUAUGAGAAUUGGUUAUAACCUAAUGACAUUAAAAGAAAAGGGUAAAGUUGCUCUUGUGGAACCCAUGAAAGAAUUAAUGCAUAAUAUCAAUGAAAUAUGUACGGAUACCGACACUAUGGAUGUUGGUAAUAGAAUUUUCUCCGAUUUAUGUAUCAAAGUGUCGGAUAAUAGCAAAGAUAACAGAUUCGAUGGUAUGACCGUGGUUGAUAACAUGUUUAAACUUUUAAGAGAUAGCUAUGAUAAAGUGGCAAGUCAAAACAAAACAGUUUUGAUUAUCAUAGAGGAUAUUUCUCAUCUGUCAGAUUUAGGAUUAAGUCUUAGAGAUUCUAUGUACUAUGUAAGAUAUAUAAGAUCGCUUAUGGAAUCUCAUCCUAUGACACAGUUAUGUGUUACAGUACAUACAUACCACAACGAUCCGCAAAAUUGUAUUCUUGAUUUCAUUUCUAAUAACCUUAAAUAUAUGGCAGAUCUUGUUCUUAUAGCAGAACCAUUAGUAACUGGUCAUUCUAGUGAUGCCUCUGGAAAAGUAACAGUCUGCUGGAAUGUAGAUUCUAUAAGAAGCGAAUAUCAUUGGACAGAAAAAAUGACAUAUUUAUAUAAAUUGCUAGAUUGGCAUGUAAAAAUAUUUGCACCUGGUGCAACGACAUUUGUGACAUAAAAGAUUUGCUCAUGAAAA